AUGUCGCUCAAGCGCGGAGGCAGCUCUGAGAAGACGCCUGUCGAGCUCCAGGACAAGUCCUCGGUUGAUGGCUCCCACUCCGCCGAUGGCCAGACGCCUGCCCUUGGCUACACGCCGCCGGCGAGAACGACAAAGCCUAGGCUCCCCUAUACGUGGCAGCUUGUCAUGAUUAUUUUGACGUGCCUUUGUACCUUCGGGAACCACUGGUCCAACGGUCUUAUCGUCUCACUCAAGACCACCAUCAUUUCGAAGACGCACAUCAACAAUUCGCAGUUUGCUACGCUGGUCGCUGUUACCAAUCUCGUGAACACCUUCCUGUGCAUCGGUCUCGGCUUCUACAUCGACAAACUGGGAGGGUCCAUCAUGUCUGUCAUUCUCGCCGGAUUCCACCUCUCGGGUUCCAUGGUCAUGGCAGGCGCAUCGACGAACAAUCUGAACAGCUACCCACUCCUCAUCGCUGGCAAGGUUCUCGCUGCCAUUGGUGACGGUUCGCUCGACAACGCGCAGCACCGAAUCUUCUCCACCUACUUCGCGCCUGGGAAGGGGUUCGCAUUCUCCAUCGGCAAGUUAUUAUAUGCUCCUCCGUGUGCGAUCUGGUGUGUCGCCAACCUCGCACAGUUCACCGGCCAGUCCACCGCGAACGUGAUCACCCGGAACCUCGGCUCCUACUCGUGGGCCCUCUGGAUUAGCGCCGUCAUCGCGUUCUUCUCUUUCCUCUGUGCCGUGGCGGUCUUCUUCCUUGACCGCUAUCUGCGCGUGCGCUACGACAUUACCGAUCAGACGAGCGGCCGCAGACACACAGGAAAGAUCCGUCCGGGCACGUUCAACAUCCGCGCGAUCAAGCAUCUGCCGAUGACCUUCUGGCUCGUCGUGUUGUUCGCAAUCUUCGAGAACGCGGGCGUGCAGUCGUUCGUGUCCAUCUCGACGCAAUUUGCGCAGCAGCGGCUGCAGAAGGGUGCCGUCGUUGGCGGCUGGGUGUCGAGCUUCUACCUCCUCCUCCCCGCGGGUCUUACACCGUUCCUGGGCAUCUACAUCGACAUGUACGGCCAGAGGAUCGGGUUCUUGUUUGUCUCGGGGCUCACGUUCCUAGUGUCGAUGCUGCUGCUCAAGUUCUCACACACGGUCCCGACGUUCGUCGCGGCCUAUGUGUUCUACGCCCUCUCUCAGGCCGUGACCCCGGCACCUCAGGUCGAAAUCAUCCGAAGCAUCAUUCCCGACCCUGAGUACUUCGCAACCGGAUUCGCCAUUAAGAAAUCGGUCGUCCAGGCCUCAAUCGUGAUCAUCACGACUGCCGCUGGUCGCCUCCAGGACCUCUCCGCGACCGACUCACUUGACCCCGCGGUGUCGCUUUGGCUCGCGUACGCCUUCCUCUCCGUCGCAGUCUCCGGCUUCAUGCUCGCCAUGUCCUACUUCGCGCCCAACGUCGAGAAGCUCGCUGCCGCGCAGGGCAUUGUUGUCAACAAGGCGGACCGGAAGGACGACGAUGACGACGACGAGGUCAGCGACAUAAAGCUCAAGGAGCGCAUGCUUAAGUCGCCGAAGACGCGCAACGGGGUGAUCAGCUGGGGAUACCUCAUCGUCGCCUUGGGCAUCAUUUUCAUUGGCUGGAUUAUGUUCGGCCUGGGUGUGAACUGGGGUGUGCACGGUAGCGUUGUGGCGGGCACCGUCGGCGAAUGA